AUGGCACAAGAAUACAAGUUAAAGGACAUCACCUCCUUUGCCUCCCUCAACUCCACUGAUAAAGCCGAGUUCGAGAUUGAGGGCAUCCCCGAUGGAAAAGUCCUUCUCGUCAAGCUUGAUAAGGAAGUGCACGCCCUUUCUCCACGGUGUAGCCAUUAUGGGGCGCCUCUGAAGAAUGGUGUUGUUACCAGUGAUGGCAGGAUUACUUGUCCCUGGCAUGGAGCCUGUUUCAGCGUCGCAACCGGAGACGUUGAAGAUGCCCCAGCGCCCAAUGCCCUGAAUAAAUUCGAAGUCUUUGAGAAGGACAACGCAGUCUACAUUCGAGCUAGGGAGGAAGAUGUCAAAGCGGGACAACGCAAUCCUGUAGUCAAAUGCAGCGUGUCAAAGCCCGCAGAGAAAGUUAUCGUCGUUGGAGGUGGCAGCGGAACCCUAGGCCUAAUCCAAGCCCUCCGCGAACUGAAAUACCCAGGUCAAAUAACAAUCAUUUCGCAAGAACCAGACCUCAUAAUCGACCGAACAAAGCUCUCCAAAGCCCUAAUCGCCGACCCAACCAAGAUCCAAUGGCGUCCAAGAGAAUGGUACACGGAGGCUGCCAUCGAAACCAUUACAGAUGAAGUCACCUCAGUGGACUUUGCCUCCAAGGCCGUUUCCACAAAGUCCGGCAAGAACCUCAGCUACACGAAACUCGUCCUGGCAACAGGUGGAAUCCCACGCACGCUCCCACUGCCCGGAUUCAAAGGCGAACUAGACAAUAUCUUCACGCUGCGCAGUAUCAAAGACGUACAAGCCAUUUUAUCCGCAGCCAACGCCAACACAAAGACAACCGCAAAGAAAAACAUCGUCGUAAUCGGCAGCUCCUUCAUCGGCAUGGAAGUAGGCAACGCCCUCUCAAAAGACCACAACGUGACAAUCGUCGGCAUGGAAAGCGCCCCCAUGGAAAGAAUAAUGGGCGACAAAGUCGGCCGAAUCUUCCAGUCCAACCUAGAAAAGAACAACAUCACCUUCCAGCUCAACGCCAGCGUCGAAAAGGCCACCCCAUCCGCUUCAACCCCCUCCUCAGUCGGCGCCGUCCACCUCAAAGACGGACCAACCCUCCCAGCAGACCUCGUAAUCCUAGGCGUGGGCGUCCGCCCAGCAACAGACUUCCUCUCAUCCAACCAGAGCAUCACGCUCGAAAAAGACGGUUCAAUCAAGACGUCCUCUCACUUCCUCGUGUCUUCAAUUCCCGAGAACGACUCUGUCUUCGCGGUUGGCGAUAUAGCUACAUACCCCUACACCGGCCCUGGCGCUUCUCCCGGCGGUGCUGGCAGCCCGAUUCGAAUCGAGCACUGGAAUGUGGCUCAGAAUGCGGGACGGGCGGCGGCGCGGGCGAUUGUGCAUGCGAGACACUCGCCUGUCUCGUCGCUUCCUGUUAAGCUUUUCAUUCCUGUUUUCUGGAGUGCGCUGGGGGCGCAGCUGAGGUAUUGUGGGAAUGGGGCUGUUGAGGGUGGGUAUGAUGAUGUUGUGGUUAGGGAGGCUGGGGAGGGGAAGUUUGUUGCGUUUUAUACGAAGGGUGAGGUGGUUGUUGCUGUUGCUACUAUGGGGGUGGAUCCUGUUAUGGUGAAGUCGGCGGAGUUGAUGCGGGUUGGGAGGAUGUUGGGGAAGAAGGAGGUUCAGGAGGGUGGGGAUGUUUUGGCUGUGAAGGUGUGA